UUUCAGAAUAUUUAAAAGAUGCUUCCAAGAAGAUGAAAAGUGGGCUUAUGUUUGUAAAACUGGUUAACCCAUGUUCAGGGGAAGGAGCCCUUUACUUAUUCAAUAUGUGUCUACAACAGCUGUUUGAAAUAAAAGUUUUCAAGGAAAAACACCAUUCUUGGUUUAUAAAUCAAUCAGUUCAAUCAGGAGGUCUUCUCCAUUUUGUCACACCCAUGGACCCUCUAUUUCUGCUCCUCCACUACCUUAUAAAGGCUGAUAAAGAGGGAAAGUUCCAGCCUCUAGAUCAAGUUGUGGUGGAUGAUAUGUUUCCGAAUUGCAUCUUGUUGCUGAAACUUCCUGAACUUGAGAAGUUACUUCAACAUGUGACAGAGGGAAAAGAAAUAGGCAAAAAGAAAUAUUACAAGUACAGCAAAGAGAAGACAUUAAAGUGGCUGGAAAAAAAGGUUAAUCAGACUGUGGCAGCAUUAAAAACCAAUAACAUAAAUGUCGGUGCCCGGGUACAGUCAACUGCAUUUUUCUCUGGUCACCAGAUUUCCAGUGACAAGGAAGAGGACUAUAUUCGUUAUGCCCAUGGCCUGAUAUCUGAUUACAUCACUAAAGAAUUAAGUGAUGACUUAUCUAAAUAUUUAAAGCUUCCAGAAGAUCCGACUUCAUUGCCAAAACCUCCAUCAAAGGUGGCAGCACAAAGACAGAAAAGGAACAAGUGACAGCAAGUUCACUCAAGGCCCGGCUGCUUCGCGUGUAAUUUAAGACUCUCCCAAAGGGCUACAGCUUUUACUUCUGCACUUUCUAGAAAAUCACCAGAUGCCAAACAUGUACAUUAAAGACCUAACCACAAAUGCUGUAUUUCUUUGAUCAACUGCAUGGUUAGGUAGGCAGUGGCACUCUCAGAGUGUGAGCCCGUCUGUAAUCUUAGAAAUUUAAGCCACAUCACCCCUCUGCCCCAGACCUGUCCCAUAAAGGUGUGGAUUUUUACAGUACAGUACUUCAGACUUCAAAAUAUUGGGAGAAGAAGGCUCAUUGUGAAAUUCAGGUCAUUUCUUAAGCCUGACCACCUUGGCCUGUUCUGCUUUCUUGGGCUUAGGCGAGCAUGUGGUGGAUGUGUGGUGACCAUGUGUGACCAUGCAUACCUGGUGAUUGUAAGUGCUAGAUUCUAUACUAAAAGCUUUGAUGAACUGA